AUGUGUGGUAUCUUCGGUUAUUGUAAUUAUUGGGUUGAAAAAACAAGAGGUGAGAUUUUGGAUACUCUCACUGAAGGUUUAGAGAAAUUAGAAUACAGAGGUUAUGAUUCAGCCGGUCUAGCAAUAGACUCUACUUUAAUAAUUAAACAAAUCGGUAAAGUGGAUGCUUUGAAAAAAGAGAUUAGUAAAAUUAGUUUGGAUUUGAAUGAUAUUUUUGUCUCUCAUGUUGGGAUAGCUCAUACAAGAUGGGCAACACAUGGUCAACCAAAACAAAUCAACUGUCAUCCUCAAUCCUCUGAUAAAAAUAAUGAAUUUGUAAUUGUCCAUAAUGGUAUCAUUACAAAUUUUAGAGAACUGAAGACUUUGUUAGUGAAUAAAGGUUACAAAUUUGAAAGUGAAACUGACACAGAAUGUAUUGCCAAACUAUUCAAACAUAUCUAUGAUACCAAUAUGCAAAAUGGAAAUGAAUUAGAAUUCCAUGAAUUGACAAAGUUGGUUCUAUUGGAAUUAGAAGGAUCUUAUGGUCUAUUAUGUAGAUCUUCUCAUUAUCCAAACGAAGUUAUUGCUACUAGAAAGGGUUCUCCAUUGCUAAUUGGUGUUAAGUCUGAAAAAAAAUUAAAAAUGGAUUUUAUAGAUGUCGAAUAUCCUGAGGAGAAUAAUAAUAAUAACUAUAAUCAUAACAAAUAUAGUUAUUUUGAAUCUAAUUGUAAGAAUGGUAACAAGAGUGCUGAACUUGAUAGAAUUGAUGACAAUUUGGAGGUUUUUGAAGAUUAUAUCUUACCAGAUAUGAAAACACAAGAUAUAUCUAGGCCAAAUAAUAAUGAAUCUCCCUCUAGUUUCAUUUGUAAUGAUAAAAGAUCAAAUUGUAGCAAUCUUUUACCAAUUGCCACUAAUGAGUUCAAUUUGAGACAUUCACAAUCCAGAGCCUUCUUAUCCGAGGACGGAUUCCCUGCUCCUAUCGAGUUUUUCUUGUCCUCAGAUGCAUCUUCGGUCAUCAAACACACCAAGAAGGUUCUCUUCUUAGAGGACGACGACAUUGCACACAUCUACGAUGGGGAGUUGCACAUCCACAGAUCGAGACGUGAAGUAGGGGUGCCAAUGACCAGAUCGAUUCAGACAUUGGAGAUGGAAUUAGCACAGAUCAUGAAGGGUCCAUACAAACACUUCAUGCAGAAGGAAAUCUUUGAACAACCAGAAUCUACGUUGAACACCAUGAGAGGCCGUAUUGAUUUCGAAAAUAAUACAGUGCUACUGGGUGGGCUGACCGCAUGGCUGCCAGCGAUCAGACGCGCCCGUAGGUUGAUCAUGAUUGCGUGCGGUACAUCAUACCACUCAUGCCUAGCUACAAGAGCAAUCUUUGAGGAAUUGUCAGAGAUUCCGGUAAGCAUUGAGUUGGCAUCAGACUUCUUGGACAGAAAGACACCGGUGUUCAGAGACGAUAUCUGUGUAUUUGUGUCGCAAAGUGGUGAGACAGCAGACACUAUACUGGCAUUAAACUACUGCUUAGAGAGGGGGGCGUUGACAGUUGGUAUUGUGAACACAGUGGGGUCAUCGCUUUCCAGAGCAACACACUGUGGUGUACAUAUCAAUGCAGGGCCAGAAAUCGGGGUUGCGUCGACAAAAGCAUACACGUCCCAAUACAUUGCACUAGUGAUGUUUGCACUUUCGCUAUCCGAUGACAGGGUGUCGAAACAGGAGAGAAGGGUGGAGAUUAUACAAGGAUUGAGGAAGAUUCCUGAACAGAUCAAGGAGGUGCUAGCACUAGAGCCCCGGAUCAAGGAGUUGUGUGAGACGCAAUUGAAGAACCAGAAGUCACUACUACUGUUAGGUAGAGGCUACCAGUUUGCCUCGGCACUAGAAGGGGCGUUGAAAAUCAAGGAAAUUUCGUACAUGCACUCGGAGGGUGUUCUUGCAGGGGAAUUGAAGCAUGGAGUGUUGGCGCUGGUUGAUGAGAAUUUACCUAUUAUUGCCUUUGGGACUAGGGACUCAUUGUUCCCCAAGGUUGUUUCGUCGAUUGAACAGGUGACAGCCAGAAAGGGUCACCCUAUCAUUAUCUGUAACGAGGGAGACGCAGUGUGGAGCAAGAAGGCGACCACGAGCAACUUGAUUACGCUGGAAGUACCACAAACGGUGGAUUGCCUGCAAGGGUUGUUGAAUAUUAUUCCAUUACAAUUAAUGUCAUACUGGCUAGCCGUGAACAAGGGUAUUGAUGUUGAUUUCCCAAGAAACUUAGCCAAGUCUGUGACAGUUGAAUAA